CCUUGGUGUGUAGUGUGCACUAACAACCUUUCCCUUUUGGCUCCUUUUUAUUUGCUUCUGUCAAUAAGGUCUUCGGCCAAGGUCAAGCCACUUCUCAACCCGACUUCCUACGCCACCAGACUCGACACCAAGCAAGCAUAAUAGUCUAUGGCUUCAAAGCCCCGGCACUAACACGAACAAGUAUAUCGAUGCUUUUUUGUGGAUUUUCUCCGGUACUUUUGGACCAUGCGGGCGACGAAUCCUGAAUAGAUAGUCUUUCCCCUCUUUCCCAAUUCAUUAAUUCCUUGUUGUUUGUCGUUGUAUUCCUCAUCCAUUGCAUACAUCUUUUCUCUCAAAUUCUCUUUAUCUGUUCUUUGGUCGAGAAAGGGGACAUUUGGUCACCCGAGGAGGAUUUUUCACAGCGAUGGACAAUUCAUUAUUACCCAGGACCAUCAACGACUUCCAAGACACCGGCACCCUCAUCGGCCUCGAGCGUGGUCACCGCGAUGGCCUGAUAGCAGUCUGCGUCUUUGCAGGCGUGUCCCUGAUCACGAGCACCGCACUUUUCCUACACCUCACACAAAAGCUGGUGAGAUGGCACAUUGCCGACAGGAGGUUAAGGAGGUCCGAGAAGCAACGGAUAAAACGUCUGAAUGCACAGUCCCCCGGUGUUGAUUUAUCUCUUGGCCUUCCUCCACAGCACUUUCAGCGGAGGACGAGGCCAAUGACGGUCGAAGACACCGAGGAGGCGCGUGACGACACGGGAACAAGGUCCGGGGACGCCAAGACGAUGACCCCCGUGCACAGGGAGCCGAACCAGUUCGUCGUCCUCCUGUAUAACUUGCUUCUGGCCGACAUCAAGCAGAGCAUCGCAUUCUUCCUCAACGCUGUCUGGGUUGCUCGGGACUCAAUCGUCGUUGGUUCAGGUACAUGUUGGACGCAGGCCUUUUUCCUUUCCACAGGAGAUUUGGCGGGAAGCCUUUUCAUUGCCGCCAUUGCGGUGCACACCUAUCUGGUAGCAAUAAGGGGAUGGAAGCCAUCCCAGCGGGCCCUGAUCCUUACAUGUACAUCGAUAUGGGUCUUCAACUACCUCUUGGUCUUCAUCGGAUUUGCGGCAACCAACAAGGUCAACGUUGGGUUCUUUGGUCGGGCCACAACCUGGUGCUGGAUCACCAAGGAGCACGAAGAGAUCCGUCUCUUCACCCACUAUCUAUACGUAUUUAUAUGCCUUGCCUUGACGACCAUAAUUUACACGUGGAUCUUUCUCCAUCUCCGUCGCACAAGACGCAAUGAAGCCGAGGCCAACGCCCGCAAGUCAUCGACACCGACCACGACGAGCGACAACCGCGAUACAGACAUGGAUUCGCGCCGCGACGCGACAUUCUCCAACAAGGCCAAGAGCGACGUUACGAUGCACACCCACGGCGACGGCUACAACUCGGCCUUCUUGAUCUACCCCUUGAUCUACGUGGUCUGCACCGCACCCCUCGCCAUCGGCCGUAUCGCGACCAUGGCCAGGGCGACGCUACCCGUGACGUACUUUUGCGCCGCGGGGGCCCUCAUCUCGCUCAACGGAUUCCUCGACACGGUGCUGUGGGGCCUGACGCGUCGGGAGGUGGUGUUUGGCGACGUGGACGGAUCAGCGGGCGCCGACGGCCUUGGACUCGAGAGCUUCAGCUUCAUGCGCACGCCGCACAACAGAAAGUACGGCAACAUGAUCUGGAUCGAGGCCGGCGCCGACAAGUCCAAGGACGGCGACGUGCGGGCCAGCAGCAGCCGCCGGGGUCCGUCGGUGCCGUUCUGGUCCGGCAUACUGGGCGGCGACGUGCGGGGCGGACGUCGGGAAGGGCGGGGUGGGGCCCAGCGCAGCAUCUCUCAGCAAUCUCUCAGGGGUUCCGCCGGCCUCGGCCGUGGGGAGACGCUAGGCGGGAUCCAGAUGGACAUGGUCACCACCGUCGUGGUGGAGGUCGACCCGGAUAGGGUCGCAUGCGACGGAAGCCCGAGAAAAGGCUCGGGCCUGUCUGUCAGCCCUGAGGAUUACGUCGCCAGUGUCGGGCCGCGCGUCUCAUCGGAUUUACAUCGUCCCGGUGGCAGUGCGAGGUCCGGGAUUUCGGUGCAAUCGGCGGCCCGGAGCGAGAAGCAUUUGGACAUGAACAUGGAAAUACUAAACCGAAUAUAGACACAAAAAGAAAAAAAGAAACAAACAAAUCGAAAAAUAAACAAGAGAUACCCAAUAAUAGAUAAAAAUUAGAAAAAAACCUCUAAAAACUUUAACUCGGCAGUCAGUCGGUCCCGGGCCUUCCGCGAUGUGUCAUAGACGACCACAAGCAUGAGGGAGGCGCAUAGACUAGAGCUAGUGCAUGGCUGUCUGAUAGUUGUUGC